AUGAAGAUUGACCUCAAGAAGGCUUAUGAUAUGGUUAGGUGGGAAUUUGUGGAAGAGGCUUUAUUAGGAUAUGGAUAUCCUCCUAAAUUUGUGCAGCUGAUAAUGGAGUGUAUUUCAUCUCCUAAGUUUUCAGUCAAAGUGAAUGGGGUGGGUCAUGGAUAUUUUGAGGGAAAGAGAGAUUUGAGAUUCCAUCAUAUGUGUAAGAAACUGAAGUUAACUCAUUUGAUCUUCACUGAUGACUUGAUGAUCUUUUGCAAGGACCAGUUAUCUUCAUUCAAGAAAGUGAUGGAAGCACACUCAGCUACUACAAGAUUGAUAGCUAACUUGGAGAAGUCUAGUUUAUUCAUGGCGGGAGUGGAUGCUGCUACUAGUACAUCUCUGUUGGAAUAUACUGGGUUCUCACUCGCAGAAUAUCCAAUCAAGUAUCUUGGACUACCGUUUUCUUAUAAGAAGUACAAUUCCUCGCGUUCGCAAGGGGAGGAACGCGUUCGCAAAGAGGAAUUUGUGGCAGGUGAAAUUUUUGUGCUUCGUGUUCGCGAAGGAGGUCCCGCAUACGCGAAGCACUGGGGAAGUUGGCCUACGCGUUCGCGGUGUAGGUCCCGUGUUCGCGCAGAACGAAUGGUCGACUGGGUCCCAGACCCUUAUGCCUACGCAUUCACGUAG